UCGUUGAUUGGCUUUACGCAGGUCUCCAGCCUGUUAUUUAUUACACCAAAGCUUAGAAGCCUCAUUUAUUCUGAGAGGAUCUCACUGCAGGAUCUAUCCGUCCCAUCUUCACUCACCAAGGCGCACGGAGCUGAUUCUUUCACCAAGUUAUCUGCUCGUCAGAAAAGAGGUAUUUCUGAGAAAAUGAGGAGAGGUUUUCUUCUGGUGUCUCUGUUCCUCAUCAUGAAACUUCGGUACAGCCAGUCCAGAUGCGAGGAGGAGCCCGGAAUGCGCAGAUCAACUUCAGAGCAGACUUCAGGCUUGGACAAUUUGAAGCGGAAUAUUCUAAAGAGGUACAGCGAUUUGGAUUACGACAGCUUUGUGGGUCUGAUGGGAAGAAGGAAUGCCGAUGAAAACGCUGUACAGCCACCACAAAGGGAAAUGCACGACAUUUUUGUUGGCUUGAUGGGCAGGAGAAACUCAGAGCCUGAUAAUGGCGCAUGGAGGAGAGAGUAUCCAGAGAGGAGAGGCGUCUUUCUUAACAAGUGCAGGCUGAGGUUUCUUCAGGGGCUUUAGGCAUUCAUGCUGAAGCAACCUUCUCAUCUGACAAAGAAGACAGAGGAUCACAAAGAAUUCACGCAAUGAAGUAAAUAUCUGAUGAAAACCACUUUUAAAGACACGGUUCACACUGUAAACCUGCCAGCUGGCUCAUGAAAGCAUUCAUAAUCUACACAGCUUGUAUUUGAUUUCUCUUAAGACAAACAUGAUUAGAAGUGAUGCUAUCUCAUACAAUGUCUUUACCAUGUUAUUCAUUUCUCUCCAAAGUUCAAAAUAAACAUAAUUUUUUUUUUUAUA